GCUUCCGCUAUCGUCUUCUUCUUCUGUCGCAAUUACUCCAUAGUUUCGUUUCAGCAACUCGGUGAAAUCGGAAGAUAUCGCCGGUAUGAUGAAUGAGGAUGAAAUCCUUGUAAUCACAAUUGGAUGGACACAGCAGAGUGCAUGGGUAUGGGGCUGGUGCUACCCUAACAGAUUUGUGUGGCCCUAGAUCAUCAUCAUCUGCCAUUUAUGAUCUGCAGAUAAAACAUCAGGAGGAGUUCUGUGUGAGUUGUCAAUUGAAGGUGAAAUUUGAUAAGACAUCGAACCUUCAAACGUCAAAACCUAUUUCUUGAACCAAGGAUUUUAAUCAUAUUUUAUGGGUUACAAUUUCCCUAAUGCUGACCUGCCUUCCAAGACUUAGCUGUGUUUCUUUCUUGUAUUCUUUACCCAAAUUGUCCAACAAUGUAAAGCAAAUUCAUGCCCAAUUAGUCACUAAUGGCCUGAAAUCUCCUACCUUCUUGGCCAAGUUAAUUGAGCAUUAUUGUGGUUCACCAUACCAACACAUUGCCAAUAAUGCACAUUUGGUGUUCCAGUACUUUGACGCGCCGAACUUGUUUCUCUUCAAUACUUUGAUAAGAUGUGUUCAACCCAAGGGUUCUCUUCGUAUUUUCCAAAAUGAAUUUUCAAGGGGAGUCAUAGUUUUUGAUGAUUGCACUUACAAUUUUGUUCUCGGAGCCUGUGCUCGCUCCCCUUCUUCUUCAACAUUAUGGGUAGGUAGACAACUACAUGCCCAGAUAGUAAAACAUGGGGUUGAGUCAAAUAUAUUGGUUCUGACUACCAACAUACAUUUUUAUGCUAGCAACAAAGAUAUCAUAUCAGCCCGAAGAGUGUUUGAUGAAAUGGCGGAAAGAAGCAGUGUUACAUGGAAUGCUAUGAUAACAGGUUUUUGUUCCCUAAAAGAAGGAAACAAGAAAUAUGCUGUCAAUGCAUUGUCUUUGUUCAAUGACAUGUUGGCUGAUCCGAGUGGAGUUAAACCAACAGAUACUACCAUAGUUUCUGUGCUUUCAGCAGCUUCUCAAAUAGGUAUGAUAGAAACCGGUGCUUGUAUACAUGGGUUUGCAGAAAAAACAGUGUGUUCUCCUGAAGAUGAUGUGUUUAUAGGCACUGGGCUUGUGGAUAUGUACUCAAAAUGUGGAUGUCUUGACAGUGCCUUAUCUAUCUUCUGGCGAAUGAAUCAGAAGGACAUCUUGACAUGGACAGCAAUGACUACCGGUCUAGCCGUCCAUGGGAAAGGAAAACAAGCCUUGGAGGUUUUAUAUAAAAUGGGAGCUUAUGGAGUGAAGCCAAAUGAAGUAACUUUUACAAGCUUGUUGUCGGCUUGCUGUCAUGCUGGGCUUGUUGAAGAAGGCCUUCAACUGUUUCAUGAUAUAAAGAGAAAGUUUGGUGUGAUGCCUCAGAUACAACAUUAUGGUUGCAUUGUUGACCUCCUUGGCCGAUCUGGAAAGUUAAAAGAAGCUUAUGAUUUUAUCAUGAGGAUGCCAAUUAGUCCUGAUGCCGUAAUAUGGAGGAGUUUGCUUGGUGCAUGCAAGAUUCAUGGGAAUGUUGUGAUGGGAGAGAAGGUGGGGAAGUUUCUUCUCCAGUUAGAAGAGCAGAGUUGUGCCGAGUUGGCUCUUAAGAGCGAGGACUAUGUAGCUCUGUCAAAUGUUUAUGCUUCAGCGGAAAGGUGGAAUGAUGUUGAAACUGUAAGGAAAAAGAUGAAAGCUAAGAGCGUUUUGAAUAAAGCUGGUUAUAGCUCUGUUCAAACUGUCAGCAUGGCUACAUUGUAAUCAAAAAAUUAUGCUAGCAAGUCAAUAAAUCUUUCGGACUAAGGAAACCUGGAGUAGCUUAGAAUAAGGACAACAGUGGAAACAGCAACAACUAUACAGUGUAUGGCCAAACACUCCUCAUCAACAGAUUGGAAAUAUGAGAUGUCCUAACAGCAAAUUGUGUAAGUAUGUGGCAUAACCAAGCAAGAUAUAUAACUGAUGUACAAGUAUGAUAUUAGUGGUAGUGUUAUUUCAGCUUUCAUUAUUUAUAAGUCUGUAGAACGAAGGGCAGAGAGGGCGGCUUUGAGUAAACUGUAUUUUUGGCUGUUAAGCGGAAUAAUCUGCAUAUUUCCUUCCCGUAAGUCUCUUUUUUUCUUUCUUUUUGUCUCAAGUAU